AUGAUAAGAGGAUACAAAGCAUUAGACGAACGUAAUAUUGUUUACGAAUGGAAGAUAUAUAACAUUGAUUCUUUUUUCAAUCGUGAAAAUGAAUUGACUCUUUAUUCUUCCCUACUCUCAUGGGGAAUCAACAGCACCGAUACGUGGCGUAUUAAGUCAAUUUUUAGUUCUGGAGACGAUGUUAAAUUUUAUUUGAUGCCGCCGACGGAUUACGUAUCAAACAUAAAAAGUUCAUUAUGCGUUUUAGACAAUAAGAAAGAAAAAAAAUUUAUAAACAAUUAUACGUGCAGCUACCUUGAGGCUAAAGAAGGAACAUUAUGUCUAUCGUUAUCAAAAAAAACUUUGUUGGAUAAUAAAGAUAUAUAUUUACCCAAUAAAACUUUAACGAUAUGUUUUGAUUUAACUCUGUAUGGCACUCCUACUACAACUUGCAAUAAACUUAUGAAUUUACCAAAAUAUCAAAUGGCUCACGAUUACACAGAACUUUACAAUACUAAGAUGGGUUUUGAUACCAUUAUAAAUGUCGAUGAUAAAGAAUUCCAGGCUCACAAAAUCAUUUUAAUGACACGGAGUCCUGUUCUGGCUGCGAUGUUUUCUCAUGACAUGAUUGAGAAAAAAGAAAAUAAAAUAUCAAUUCCAGAUAUUAGUUCAGGGAUAUUCGAAAUGGUCUUGAAGUAUAUCUACACUGAUGAAGUCACUGAUCUGGAUUUGUAUGCUGAUGAUUUAUUAGAAGCUGCGGACAAGUAUCAGCUACUGUCACUUAAAAAUAUUUGUCAAGAAUCGCUUAGUGAAAGCUUGGAUCUUGAAAAUGCACUUUAUUCAAUGAAUUUAGCUGACCGCCAUAGUGCCAAAGAGUUAUUAGACUUUACUAUGCGUUUCAUGGCAUCAAAUAUUAGAAACUUUAUCGAAACUCAAGACUUUAAAAACCUGGAAGAAUCAAAUAUUACUGAGGCAUGUGAAUUAUUGAAGAAAUUAUCAUGUUAUUAG